UGGGCGCUGGGCGGGCGGCGGCGACUAGGCGGAGGAGAAAGAACAUGGCGGGCGCGACGGGGCCAGGCACCGGUCAGGGGGCAGCUGGCGGAGAUGGAGACGAUUCGCUCUACCCGAUCGCGGUCUUAAUCGACGAGCUCCGCAAUGAGGACGUGCAGCUCCGUCUCAAUAGUAUUAAGAAAUUAUCAACAAUUGCUCUAGCACUUGGAGUAGAAAGGACACGAACUGAACUGCUGCCAUUCCUUACAGAUACAAUUUAUGAUGAAGAUGAGGUACUGUUAGCUCUUGCUGAGCAGCUGGGAAAUUUCACUGGCCUGGUGGGAGGUCCUGACUUUGCCCACUGUUUGCUGACACCAUCUGGGAAUUGCCAUCUGGGACAUGAGAUCUUGGCUGUCCUACAGAAGUCGUGUCUUCAGCCUCCUUUGGAAAGUCUGGCGACCGUGGAAGAGACUGUGGUUCGAGACAAGGCAGUGGAGUCCCUGCGGCAGAUCUCCCAGGAGCACACCCCCGUGGCUCUGGAAGCUCACUUCGUGCCUCUGGUGAAACGCCUAGCGAGUGGGGAUUGGUUCACCUCUCGCACAUCUGCAUGUGGUUUGUUCAGCGUUUGCUACCCCAGGGCUUCAAGUGUUGUCAAAGCAGAAAUUAGACAGCACUUCCGUUCCUUGUGCUCAGAUGACACACCAAUGGUGCGACGUGCUGCUGCUUCCAAAUUGGGCGAAUUUGCAAAAGUUUUGGAAUUAGACAGUGUGAAAAGCGAAAUUGUCCCAUUGUUCACUAAUCUAGCUUCAGAUGAACAGGAUUCAGUGCGCCUCCUAGCUGUGGAAGCUUGUGUCAGUAUUGCCCAGUUACUGUCUCAGGAUGACCUUGAGGCUUUGGUGAUGCCUACACUUCGACAAGCAGCGGAAGAUAAAUCUUGGCGAGUUCGCUAUAUGGUAGCUGACAAAUUUUCAGAGCUCCAGAAAGCUGUGGGUCCCAAAAUCACCCUAAAUGACCUCAUCCCCGCCUUCCAGAACCUACUCAAAGACUGUGAAGCUGAAGUCCGAGCAGCUGCUUCCCAAAAAGUAAAAGAACUUUGUGAGAACCUGCCCACGGAAGGUCGAGAGACCAUAAUUAUGAAUCAGAUUCUGCCCUAUAUAAAGGAAUUAGUAUCUGAUACAAAUCAACAUGUCAAGUCGGCUCUAGCUUCUGUGAUUAUGGGAUUGUCUACCAUUUUGGGCAAAGAGAAUACCAUUGAACAUCUUCUGCCUCUUUUUUUAGCUCAGUUAAAGGAUGAGUGUCCUGAAGUUCGUUUGAAUAUCAUCUCCAAUUUGGAUUGCGUAAAUGAAGUGAUUGGAAUCCGGCAGCUCUCUCAGUCGCUCCUUCCUGCCAUAGUGGAGCUGGCUGAAGAUGCCAAAUGGAGGGUCCGGCUGGCCAUCAUUGAGUAUAUGCCACUGCUGGCCGGCCAGCUGGGUGUGGAAUUCUUUGAUGAAAAGCUGAAUUCCUUAUGUAUGGCCUGGCUGGUGGACCAUGUGUACGCCAUCCGUGAAGCUGCCACCAGCAACCUCAUGAAACUAGUUCAGAAGUUUGGUACAGAGUGGGCCCAAAAUACCAUCGUUCCCAAAGUGUUAGUAAUGGCAAACGAUCCUAAUUACUUGCAUAGAAUGACCACUUUAUUCUGCAUUAAUGCGCUGUCUGAAGCCUGUGGGCAGGAAGUAACCACUAAGCAGAUGCUGCCUGUUGUAUUGAAAAUGGCAGGAGACCAAGUAGCAAACGUCCGUUUCAAUGUGGCCAAAUCUCUACAGAAAAUUGGACCAAUUCUAGAUACUGAUGCUUUGCAGGAGGAAGUUAAGCCGGUACUACAGAAGCUGGGCCAAGAUGAAGACAUGGAUGUCAAGUACUUUGCACAGGAAGCUAUAAGUGUGCUUGCAUUGGCAUAACGAGGAACAGGAGGGGAAAGACUUUACUGAAUUCUUAUCAGAUUUCUAGUCAAUGUGUUCUUGAACUGGGUGGAGAGAAAAAAUGGAAAAUCUUCAAGACCUCAUCUGGGCAAAUGGCAACAACUUUCAAGAAAUCACAUUUUAGUGACUUGAUUCUUUCUGAAGAUGAAAUGGGGUUGUUUUUUACUUGUCUUCCUUGUUGGGAUAAUUAUAUUUUAACUGUUCUGUUUGUGGCCGACUCCUGACACCUGGCAUACUCAUCACUUGAGUGUCUCCUAAUGAUUUACUCAGCACCACCUGGGCUCCUGUCUCCUCAUUGUUAAAUCAGGCCCUGGCCACCCAAUACUCCACCAAGCCUGGACCGGUUUGGACCCAGACAUGGAAUGGAGUGAUUCUUUUGAUGUUUACACGUAUCUUUGUGUCUCCAUCAUUCUGAAGUUAAAUGUACAUGGUUUAGAAUAACUUAUAAGCACUCCACUUGGGAGAUACACCGAGAUUUAACUGUCGUGAAGCCAUGUUUUCCUGGAUAAUGAUGUCUGCGUCAGUGUCUCACCUUAAAGGGGAAUGUGGAAGCUCAGGGUUCAUGUAUUGGUUGUUCUGGCUUUUAUUUGCUCGAUUUUGACUGUAAUCAUGUCAUUCAGAAACCUGAAGUGCAGAUGCAUCUUGCUGCUAACACGUCAUGUUGAAACCUAACUGUGGAAACAGUUCCCAACUGUGACUGCAUUCAAAACUGCUCCUCUCUCUCCCUGCUGAGAAACUUAAAACUCAGUGCCUCCUAACAAGCAGUGGUUCUACUGUUUGAUUGUAAGAUUGCAGUUGUAGUCCUAGUGAGUAAAGGAACCACUGGUACACAGUACUGUGAGGAUUUUCUGCUCUUUACCUGGUUCUGCUUCGGGCUAUGUGAACAUUUGGUCCUUGCUGCAUUGUACAGUAGUAACUUUCCAAGCUGAAGUUUCGUUACUAGUUUUUUGCUGUGGGUGAUGCUAGAAUCUUAUCAUUUGAAAUGUUUGUUUUUCUGCUUUUACAGUAAAACCUUGUUAAUUCCUCGUGGGAUUGAAGAUAAUGAGUUAAGCUGAAGAAUUUGCUGAAGCAAAGUGAUGGUGUAUAAGGGAGCCCCUUGGGUCUGAACUAAAGAAUUUGAACGCUCUUUAAAAAGCCCCCUUUUACCACUUGAUAUGUUAGUUACUAAUGGCUCUUUUUAGUUAUCUUAAAAUACCUUCUGUGAGGAUCUUCAUGAGGUCGCACCUUUAUUUAGAUGCGUUCAAAUUACUCUUUAUCCCUGAUAUAUUGUAUGUGAAUUUAAUGGAGAAUUUAUUUUUUCUUUUAAAUUUAUGAACAUUUUUCACCUAAGCAAACUCGCCUUGUCCCUAAUGAAUUUUUAAUUAAUGAGGUUUUAUUGUAGUUUAUUUUUCUCUCAGUGCAUCUUGCUGUGUAGUUUGCUUGUUUCCAUUUUGGUUUUCAGGUUUUUUCAUUUAUAUUCUCUUAAACCCAGUGAGCCCUGUUCUGUUUUGUGAAGAUCCAGAGACUCCUAGAAAACUUGGUACAUUAAACCAUUUCAUAAAACCAAGUUUGACCAAAUACUUCACAGUUUGUCUUACCUUAGAAAAUGAGAACACUUAAAAUCAAAAUUAUCUGCCUGCGUUUAAAACUGCCAAACUAGGUUAUAGUAAGUUUCUAUUUUAUUACUUUUGGGCCAAGGAUGAAAUAUUUUCCUAGGCAAAAAUCUUUUCUACGUUCUCAUUUCAGUAUCUUAAACUAUUACCCUGUAAACAAUUUUAGUUUUGUGGUUCUUUGUGAUUUUUAUUACCUGUGGGUUAUGUUCGUCUUCAUUGAAUUUCAUAUUUGAGAGACUUGUCUCGAUUGAAACAGAUUUGUGCAACCAUUGCUUUCCUCUGGUUGGAAAUGCCAUUGGUUUUGGGGUGGACUUUUAAAUGGCCUUGUGGACCCCCUGGGGAGCACCGUGCAUUGGUCUCCACUCUAAGGCCCCGGUGGAGGGGAGACAGUGAGCCCGCUUUCUCAGGCAUGGGUCAGGGAGCUCUGGAGGGUCCUGUCUUUUUUGGGUGACCCCACAGAGGCGUCAUUGUUUCUGACUUAAACAACAGGGAAUCUCUUUUCUUACCCCUCAGAGGGAUUGUUCUUUGGCUCAUAACUUUGUCAUUUUCUCCACGGAUUAGUUUCCCGUCUUGAUCUCACUGGCUUAUGUAAGCUCCAGGAGCUCUGUAAGGGCUUGGGGGGUUUUGUCUUCUGCUGUGUGUCACCCGCACCUGGAUCAGGGUCUGGUGCAUAUGGUAGGUGCUCAAUAAAAAUGUGUUCAAUGAA